GACCCGAGCCUCGUCACACUUGGGGGUCUAGAGACAUGCAGCGGGCCAAUUACGACUAUUUAAUGCAGAUCUAAGACACCGAAAUUUGGGAAAAUUUAUGAAUAGCCGGCGUGUGGGAUAUCACACUGUAUGAGAGGAUCCAGGGACGCAUCUGCCGAAGGUUCCCCCAUCCCAACCCCACUUACACCACGAUUUGGGGCCACGACUAGUGCCGAGCAGCGCUGAAAGGGGUUCACCUCGGAUCUGGUAGCGCAGCAGGGGAUGCUGAAAUAAUACUUAAAGGGCGGGAUUCUGUAGGUAGUGGGAAGGUGAAUAUGGUAGAGAGCUAUCCGAGGACGAGGAGGACGUAGACGAUUGGAAGACUCAGCAGCAUCAUGGCAGGACACGAGGCACUGGGACCUGUCCCGACCCUAGACGAGAAGCAUAGCGGAACGCCCAAACGGCUAAGCAAGGAGGCGCAAGAGGUUAGAGCUCGUCUCUUCUCCAACCACACGCUCCCGGCCAGCCAGCCGAGGAAGCGUGCGCUCCGCCUCCCGCCGGGUGUCUCGCAGGAGAGCUUCGAUACGGCAGUCAGGGAGCUACGCGGCGCAAUUGGCAGCGGAAACGUGGAACUCAACGACAAACCUCUAGUAGAUGGAUGGUACAUCGAGCACCCGAAUACGCACGAUGCUUACCACAUCGUCGAUCAGGAGGAGCUCGUGUCCAGCGCGACGGUGUAUCCUGGAUCUACGGAGGAGGUCCAAGCCACGGUGCGUUGGGCUAACAAGUUCGGAAUUCCCAUAUAUCCCAUCUCCAUCGGUAGGAAUUUAGGCUAUGGCGGCGCGGCCCCUCGGAUACCCGGAGCCGUGGUUGUGGAUCUCGGCAGACGGAUGCACAAGGUCCUGAAGGUCGACGGCGAGAAUGCCAGCUGCGUCGUGGAGCCUGGCGUCACAUAUUUCAAGCUCUACGAAGAAAUCCAGAAGCUAAACCUCCCGCUAUGGAUCGACACCCCGGAUUUGGGUGGCGGCAGCGUUCUCGGCAAUGCCAUCGACCGCGGGGUUGGGUACACGCCCUACGGCGACCAUUUCGCGAACCACUGCGGUAUGGAAGUGGUCCUACCUAACGGCGAGUUGCUUCGCACCGGCAUGGGUGCCAUGCCCGGCCCCAACGGGACAGACAACCCGACCUGGCAGUCGUUCCAGCACGCCUUUGGCCCCUCCAUCGACGGCAUCUUUUCCCAGAGUAACUUCGGCAUCGUGACGAAGAUGGGAUUCCAUCUGAUGCCGGAGACCGAGCACCAGUCCUACAUCUUCACCUUCCCGCGCGACGAGGACUUUGAACAGAUCGUAGACAUCAUCCGGCCGCUGGCGCAGAAGCGGAUCCUGGGCAACAUCCCGCAGCUGCGGCACGUCAUCCAGGAGCUGAACGUCACGGGCAAGACCAAGGCGGAUUUCCACUCGGGAACCCAGCCGAUGACGCGCGAAGAGAUCCGGGCUGCCGCCUCUAAGAUGCCCCUAGGAGACUGCUCUUGGGUGUUCUACGGUACCCAGUACGGGACGCGCGAGUCGAUCGCCUCCCAGCUCGAAACGAUCAAGGCCUCGUUCGGACAGGUCCCCGGCUCAAAAUUCUACCUGCCUUCCGAUUUGCCAAAGGACCAUUAUCUCCACGACCGUGCCCUUGUCUGCUCGGGCGUGCCGGUGCUCAAGGAGCUCGAUUGGUUGAACUGGGUUCCCAACGCAGGCCAUCUGUUCUUUUCCCCCAUCGCACCUACUAGGGGCAAGGAUGCGCGAACGAUCCACGAGCUUAUCGUGGCGGCACACAAGCGUCACGGCUUCGAUCUGUUCCCGACGCUGUGCGUGGCUGGCCGCGAGAUCCACUACAUCACCAAUAUCAUCUACAACCGGGCCGACGCCGACAUGAAGGCCCGGGCUGUGCGACUCAUGCGAGAGGUAAUUGCUGAGUGUGCCGGGAAGGGAUUUGGCGAGUACCGUACCCAUCUGCUCUUCGCGGAUCAGGUGGCCGGCACGUAUAACUGGAACGACUCAGCCUUCAUGCGGUUCAACGAGACGAUCAAGGAUGUGUUGGACCCCAACGGUAUCCUGGCGCCCGGACGGAACGGCAUCUGGCCUAAGCGCUUCCGCGGAAAGGGAUGGGAGUUGAAGGCCGACGAUACGGAUAUGUCAAAGAUUGGGCCGCGCCUCUAAAGAGUCGUGUAUAGCCGUGGGUAUAUAGGGAUGCGGCAGGGUAUAUAUCAGCAGCUUGCCUGUACAAUGCGAUAAUGUAUCGAGUUCUCAACAGAAAAAAGAAAAAACUGCUUCCGAUCAUUGGUGUUACGUCGCGCCCACGGC